GAGGAGGCAGCUCUGGUGAAGACAUGUCCAAACUAAACGUACUGAAAUUUAGAAGUAAUGUGUAUAAUUAGCAUAUCGUACCAUCGCAAGCGAGUCUGAUUUGUUUAGCUGUGUAAUUACUAGUGAAAGGUACCUGCACGCUUUGGAUGACGUAGCUAGCUAGGUUUGUAGUAUUUGUCACAGUGGAGACUGUUUCGCCAGCUAGCCAGCGUUGGCUGCUAAGAUGUGGCCUGCUUGACGGAGAGAAAGGGAGGGUCGAGGAAAUCUCCCUCUAAUCCAGACAACCGCUGGACUCAUCUGUUGUCUUUCUUAGCCGUACACGAAUCCAGAAUUUCUAAAUGACUGACCGAGCUGAAGGGGAAAGAAUACGACAAGCAUCAAACGACCUACGACAAUGAACGGAGCGACAAGAUGUACCUGAAAAAAUCUAAAAGCGUCGGUGCCUCCUCUCCUCUGAAUGGGAUCGGCAAACAGGAUUGGGACUCCAGGAGGAAGAGGAAGGUGGCGGAGAUCUCGCAAGCCCUGAGUGUGACCCCUGUGGACGUGGCGGCCCUGCGGAGGAUGGCCAUCAGCGAGGGGGGGCUGCUAACCGACGAGAUCCGCUGCAAGGUGUGGCCCAAGCUGCUCAACGUGCACACUGACAACCUGCCCGAAAAACCAGGCGAAGAUUUGAGGGAGAACCAUAAAGAUUACCAUCAGGUGCUUCUGGACGUGCGGCGGUCCCUCAGGAGGUUCCCACCUGGGAUGCCGGAUGAGCAGCGGGAGGGCCUGCAGGAGGAGCUAAUCGACAUCAUCCUGCACGUGUUGGACCGGAACCCCCAGCUGCACUACUACCAGGGCUACCAUGACAUCGUGGUCACCUUCCUCCUGGUCCUGGGGGAGCGCCUGGCCACCGCCCUGGUGGAGAAGCUGUCCACACAUCAUCUCAGGGAUUUUAUGGACCCCACCAUGGACAACACAAAACACAUUUUAAACUAUCUGAUGCCCAUAAUUGAGAGAGUCAACCCAGACGUGCAUGACUUCAUGCAGCAGGCAGAGGUGGGCACCAUCUUCGCCCUGAGCUGGCUUAUCACCUGGUUUGGCCACGUGCUGUCAGAUUUCCGGCAUGUGGUGCGGUUGUAUGAUUUCUUCCUGGCCUGCCACCCCCUGAUGCCCAUUUACUUUGCAGCUGUGAUCGUACUGUACCGGGAGGAGGAGGUGCUGGAGUGUGAGUGCGACAUGGCCUCGGUGCACCACCUCCUGUCCCAGAUCCCUCAGGACCUCCCUUACGAGACCCUCAUCAGCCGAGCCGGAGACCUCUUCGUCCAGUUCCCCCCGUCGGAGCUCGCCAGAGAGGCAGCUCAGCAGUACAGCCAGCAGACGGCGGCGUCCACCUUUAAGGACUUUGAGCUGGCGUCGGCGCAGCAGCGGCCCGACAUGGUGCUGCGGCGGCGGAGGAAGGAGCAGGCGGCGCUGGCGGCCCAGGGCCAGUCCCACGCCCAGGCCAUGGUGGUGGCCCGGCCCCGCGCCAAGCGCUUCGUCAGGCUGGCCGUCAUGGGACUGACCGUGGCCCUGGGGGCGGCGGCACUGGCCGUGGUCAACACCGCACUGGAGUGGGCGCCCAAACUCGACCUGCAGCUCUUCCCCUGAGCCCGGAGAAAAGGA